AUGUCUCAUUCUGUGAAUGAUCUCCUUUCACAGUCGCAAUCCCGAAAUCAACAAGGGUCUGCUAAUAACCUAGUUAAAGCUUCGAAAAGUACUAAACGCCGUCCCAUCAAAAAACGAAAAUACUCCAGGGGAGGAUGCAAAGAGUGUAAAAGGAGAAGGCUCAAGUGUGAUGAAGGAAAGCCCAGCUGUUGGAAUUGUGCCCACUUGAACAAAAUUUGUGUUUACGAGAAAAAGAUCAAGUUCGUUCCUUCCACCGGUUAUGUUGCCGAUCAGAGUACUGCCGCAUUAGGCAAGGCUUCAAACGAUGAUGGAGUCGGUAGUAGCCGGAGUUUCGAACCUUUGCCCUCAUUUAAGAGUGUUUCCUCAACUGUUUCAGAACCUUCUUCCUUCGAAUUUAGACAUCAGGCUUUGCCUAACUUGGGUUAUCCUUCAAAUGUGAUAUCGUCAUCAACAGGAACACAAUUUCUGGGCAGCAGCUUAAAUAUGGGCGCCUCUUCGCAGCAGAUUGGACAUAAUGGGGGCGACAUCUUUCGAAUGCCACAAUCUUCUCAUUUCAUAUUUACUACUCCUUCCAUUCCACUUGCCCAAAAACAGCAAGUCAACGAUAAUCUUAUCAACGGUGCUAGUAAUGUGAUUUCAGACUUGAAUGAUAUCAUCCAGCAUUAUAAUUUUGAGCCGGCCUCAUCACAGAAUGUGUUUUACAACACGCAAUCACAGCAACAACCCCAGUUACCACAAUCUUCAUAUUUGCCAAUUCAUAACGUUCCGACAUCUUAUGCUCUGUCCAAUGUUGGAUCCACUGGAAAUGCAGAUGUCAGCUCGGGCACUGAGCCAGAUUCACAAAAUGGUACCAAAAAAUGGUUGCACACCUCAAAUAGGAGCAAAUCAAAGCGUAAUGGUAGAAAAAAAGGGCAUCAAUUGAAACAGCAAGGGCUUUCCGCAUAUCCAUCACCACCCAUUGCUAUUACCACUUCCAAAUCUUCACACAGGUUUGACUAUUUGUAUGUUUUGAACCAUACAAUCAGCUCCUCGGAGUUGCUCUCCUUAUGUGAAUAUUUCGGCUGGUCUGCAAAGGAUUCGCAUAUCAACUAUAUAAAGAUAUUCGUGACCAAGAUACAGAUGAAAUUCAUUCCAUUCACCACCUCUUUUCUAAAUAACGCCUAUAUAAAGUGCUUUCUCUAUGAGGCAAAGAGUUCCCCCCCUUUGCUCUAUGCCAUAUUGGCAAUCUCCGCUAAAUACGAGCUCACCAAAGUUAGCGAAACUAAAACUGGCAUCUCUGAUGCCCAGAGAAUCCAGACCAUGGAAUUUCAUCGCAAGUCUCGGUCUGACUAUCUUAAGAUGUGUACGGAGGCAUUGGAUCUGAUCAUGAAUUCAAAAACAAAGACUUUGGAAAAUAUAGAGUCUCUUCUAAUGACGAUUUUAGUUCUUGGGUCAGAUUUUUCUGGUGUUGAAGGAUCACAGUGGAGGUCACACUUGAAAGGAGCCAAAAAUUUGCUUCUUCAAUACUGCAAGUUCAGACCAGUCUCACUAGAGUUGGUUAUUGUGUGGCUCUGGUUUUGUUCCAUGGAAACGUUAGCAGGUCUAACUACAUUCAAUGGUGGUAUAAUACAUGAUUUUGAUGAGAUGCAGGAGUUUUUGGAAGCAGUGAAAAGUGGGAAUUCAAGCAUUGGUCUUGCUCUUAGAAAGUUUGGGUUUUUGUUCGGGGGCUACUAUGUUGAAGAGCAUGGAAGCGCAAUUCUAAAAGAUAAAAAGUCUUUCAUCACAGGUGAAAGAAAACCCCUACGUAAAGUCAGCAGGCAUCAUAAUAAAUCUGGCAAGGAUGACUCUUUAGAUUCUGGGUCUAAUUCUGAUUCUUCUAAUGGUUAUAAUAGUUCUGGGAGCUCAGAUGAGAGUAUGGGACAGUCAAAAAAGGCUGAAAGGCAUAAUGAGGCCGUCAACUUUAUAGUGGUAGGUGGUCAAAGAAUCAGGAAGGUGAUGAACUACAAUCUGUAUGUUGGCUAUAACGAUGAUGUCAUGGACGUUAUGAAUGGGAUAUUUAUCGCUAUAGAGUGCAUUCGAAAGUUUAAACAAGGUGUUGAAAAUGGUAACCAGAUUUUUGAGGUAUUGAACAGAUCGGGAACGCUGAAAAAUGAGCAGAUUGUUAAGCUGUUUGCUGCAAUUUCAAAGGCCAGGUCAUUUACCGUAAUUAACAAUCAGGUACCUUAUAGAAUACCGUUGGAUUCACCUUACCAUCCACUUAACAAGAAGGGAUAUCACUACAAUAAUCCGACCGGUGUAAACAUUAUUAUCUCCGGAUACAUCCACGACACUAAUCCAAACACUAGGAGUUCAAAGGAGGCGGAUAAUUGGUACAGCUGGCUGGACCUAUCACAGCAAUUAUACGUUGAUGCUUGUCUCCUGAGACUUCUUACCAUGGAGGAUGGUCUGAGUAGUAAUGGUCUCUCAAUAAAGAACUCCAUGGUGCAAGAUGUGGUUAAUCGGAUGAUUGAAAGUCUUGGAUGUUUAGUUUCAUUUGCAAGGAGUGUCGGUAGUGAAGAUAUGGAAGCGCUCAACUGCCAUUUUAACGAGCCAAGUGUCGUUGGUAAAGAUUCUGCGGGUGAUGAUGGUGUGAGCAGCCAUGGAUUAAGUGCUAGUAUGGCGAAAUAUGGUGCCACUGCUGACACGCUGGGAAUGGCCAAUGAUUCUAGCAUUGAGGAACUUACCAUGUUUGGGCCGCUUACCAGAGAAAAGGCUCUAAAUAUCCAGAAGGAGCACGAACUGGAAAACAGUGAGAAGAAUGCAAGAAUGAGAAGAGGAAGCAGCAGCAGCAGCGACGGCCAAAUCCAGUUUCAGGAUUACCUUUACUACCAGUUAGACAGUCGGCUUGUGAUGGUUCAAUGGCCGUUAUUUGUGUGUGGAUUGUGCUGUGUGAAUCCGAAACAUAAACUCAUCAUCAGUUGCUGCUUUAACACUUUGAUGAAUUUGGGUGUUGAAUCCAGUGAAAUGACAUUUGCCCGUGUUGUCCGGUUAUGGCACAGGCAAAGGGAAGGACUUUUUGAUUACGAGCACCAGAAUGUAUUUGAGGAUAGUGGCGAUUCCGUUCCGUUUACAUAG